AUGACUGGCCUCGAUCUCAUUUUGGGAUUGGAUUGGUUAUCAAAGAAUCAUGUUUUUCUUGAUUGUUCUGAAAGAUCACUACAGUUUAUGUCGGAAGGUUCAGAAGGACCGGUGGUGGCAAAUGGAUAUUACUUGAAUUCUGUCACGGUGAAUUGUAGUGAAAGUGAGUGUUUGGAAUUCAUACUAUUUGCUGCCAGUGUGUCGGGCGAUGAACAAAGUUUGAAUCAGAUUCCAGUUGCGAAUAAAUUUUCAGAAGUAUUCCCUAAGGAUAUUCCUGAAUUUCCUUUUUCUCGAGAAAUCGUGUUUGCGAUUAAGCUAGUUCUUGGAGCAGGAGCAAUUUCAAUUUUGCCUUACCGAAUGUAG